AUGGCUCCUAGAUCAUACAGUAUCCUUACUCUCCCAGGAGAUGGUAUCGGCCCGGAAAUCAUGGCUGAGGCGAUCAAAGUCCUGCAGACCUUUUCGUCCUUGGAGCGAUCAUUCAAUCUCCGCACGGAGCUCAUCGGGGGUUGCAGUAUCGAUGUCCACGGCACACCGAUCACUGACUCAGUGAAACAAGCUGCUUUGGAAUCCGAUGCCGUUCUUUUUGCCUCCGUAGGCGGGCCAAAGUGGGAUUCCUCACGAAGAGGGCUAGAAGGUCCAGAAGGUGGAUUAUUGCAGUUGAGAAAAGUUCUUAAUGUCUAUGGGAAUUUACGACCUUGCAGCACGGAUAUUUGCCGCAGCGUGAGUCAAGAAUUUAGCCCUUAUCGCCAGGAAGUGGUAGAGGGGGUGGAUUUUAUUGUCUUGAGAGAGAAUUGCGGGGGAGCCUAUUUUGGGAAGAAGGUUGAGGAAGAGGACUACGGAAUGGAUGAAUGGGGGUAUUCGACACAGGAGGUGCAACGAAUUACUCGCCUUGCAGCACACAUUGCCCUGCGGCACGAACCUCCCUGGCCAAUCAUCUCCAUGGACAAGGCAAAUGUAUUGGCAUCAUCUCGUCUUUGGCGCCGGGUUGUUGAUAAAACACUGUCAACAGAGUUUCCGCAAAUCAAAUUCUCUCACCAACUGGCCGACUCUGCUUCGCUCAUUAUGGCAACCAACCCACGGUCACUAAACGGUGUGCUUCUCGCCGAUAACACGUUCGGUGACAUGCUCUCCGAUCAGGCUGGGUCUAUCGUGGGCAGCUUAGGGGUGUUGCCAAGUGCCAGUUUAAGUGGUAUCCCAGGUGAAAGAAGGGCAGAUGGUAAAACUUCAUACGCCCUAUACGAACCAACCCAUGGCUCCGCACCAACAAUCGCCGGCAAAAAUGUUGCGAAUCCCAUUGCAAUGAUUCUUUGCGUUGCUAUGAUGUUCCGAUACUCAUUUGGUAUGGAACUGGAGGCGAAAGCGAUCGAACAGGCCGUCAGUGCCUCUCUAGAAGCUGGUAUCCGCACAUCUGAUCUCGGAGGAAAAGCACAGACAACAGAUAUUGGCGAUGCAGUUGUUGCCCAUAUCAAGCAGAAUAUAGGUAUAUAA